AUGACCUGCUCGCUGAACGCGCUCAGAGCUUCCGUGCGCUCUGUGCGCUCGGGAACCGGCCCGCUCCCUCCGUUCUGCCUAUCUGCGCGCCGCUUUCCUCCACGGACAGCCGUACACCUGCGUGCGCGAGGGUUCCAGCACUUGGCGCAACCCCCGAAGACGGCCGCUGAGAAGGCCGAGUCUUCCCCGGCUCCUUCUGCUGCUGCAGCUGCACCGGCAUCUCCCGCCGCUGCACCCCAACCACCUGCUUCGCCUCCACCGUCUUCUGGGAAGAGUCUCAUACCGGAGGAGAAUGUCAGCCGCGCGGAGCAGCGCCGGCGCGAUUGGCAUAUCAUCAAACAGCUGAUGCCCCACAUAUGGCCGAAGAACGACUGGGGAACGAAGGGCAGGGUCCUCAUGGGCGUAGGUCUGCUCGUGGGCGGCAAGCUUUUGAAUGUGCAAGUGCCGAUAUUCUUCAAGAACAUCAUCGACGCGUUGGAUGUACCGCUGUCUUCGGAUUCCACGGUUUGGGUUGUGUGCGGAUCUGUCAUCCUCGCAUAUGGCGGUGCGAGGAUAGGUGCUACACUCUUCGCAGAGCUUCUGAACGCGGUCUUUGCCAACGUCGGCCAGCGCGCGGUCCGAACAGUAGCAAGGGAAACGUUCGAGCAUCUGCUGAACCUCGACAUGCGGUUCCACUUGAACCGACAGACUGGCGGCCUCACUCGCGCUAUUGACCGUGGUACCAAAGGCAUCACGUUCAUCUUGCAGGCGGUCCUCUUCCGAGUCGUACCGACUGCUCUUGAGAUCUCUCUUGUCUGCGGUAUUUUGACCUACAACUUCGGAUGGAACUUCGCUGCCAUCACACUCACGACUAUGGCCGCUUAUACCUGGUUCACCAUACGGACUACGGCGUGGAGAACGAAGUUCCGGCGGGACGCCAACGUUGCGGAUAAUAAGGCCGCUACGACUGCAGUGGAUGCGCUGAUCAACUACGAGGCUGUCAAGGAGUUCAACAACGAGAAGUACCAGGUCCAACAGUACGACAAGCAUCUCAAGGCGUACGAGAAAGUGUCCGUGAAGAUCGCUACUUCUCUUGCAUACUUGAACUCGGGUCAGAACGUCAUCUUCUCCUCGGCCUUGACAGGCAUCAUGUUCCUAGCCGCUCAAGGAGUCGUCAAUGGUACAAUGACUGUCGGCGAACUAGUCAUGGUGAACCAACUCGUGUUCCAGCUCUCCAUGCCGCUCAACUUCCUCGGUACGAUCUACCGCGAAGUCCGCCAGAGCCUGCUCGACAUGGAGGUCCUCUUCAAUCUCCAAUCACAACACACACCUCCAGGCGACCCGCCAGGCGCGAAGCCAAUCGCGCUUCGCGGAGGCGAGAUUCGUUUCGAAGACGUCCACUUCGGAUAUCACCCUCAGCGCCCGAUAUUCGAGGGACUGUCGUUGACGAUCCCCGCUGGCUCUAAGGUCGCACUCGUCGGGCCAUCGGGAUGCGGGAAGAGUACUGUCUUCAGGCUGCUGUUCAGGUUCUAUGAUCCUGCUUCCGGCCGCAUCACCGUCGACGGGCAGGACGUACGCAAAGUGCAGCUCGAGAGCUUGAGGAGAGCCGUCGGCAUCGUGCCGCAGGAUACACCGCUCUUCCAUGCCGAUAUCAUGCACAACAUCCGGUACGGCCGUUUGGACGCCACGGACGAGGAGGUCAUCGAAGCGGCCAAGCAGGCGCACGUACACCAGACCGUGCAGAGGCUUCCUGAGGGAUACAGUACGGCCGUGGGAGAGCGCGGGUUGAUGAUCUCCGGUGGGGAGAAGCAGCGGCUCGCCGUUGCGCGCGUGUUGUUGAAGGACCCGCCAAUCCUGUUCUUCGACGAAGCUACUUCUGCGCUGGAUGCGUCUACGGAGAGUGAACUCAUGCGCAACAUCAACGCGUCGCUUCUGGGCAAGCGCCGGACGUCUAUCUUCAUCGCCCACCGCUUGCGAACCGUCGUUGAAGCUGACAUUAUCUUUGUGCUGAAAGAGGGCCAGGUCGUGGAGCAGGGCACGCACGACGAGCUGAUGAGGAUGAAGGGCCUUUACUACUCGAUGUGGAUGGAGCAGCAGGCGGACAUCUUCGCAGAGGAGUCCCCCGACGUAUCGGAGUAA